AUGUCGUUGUGCCACACCGCCUCUCGCUGGCGCAGUGUGCAGUGCACAGGGGAGAUCCCACCGGGACGCAUAGGGCACACCUUGUGCGCCAACAGCGCGGAGACCAAGGUGUUUCUCUACGGCGGUGUCAACGACAGGAAUGAGAGCAUUUCAAACUACCUGGAUGACCUCUACGUGUUUGACGUGAAUAAGAAGCGCUGGUCCAAGAUUGAGAUGACGGGGCAGGUGCAGUGCUCCAGGGCGUUUCACUCCGCUGUGUACUAUGAUGGGAAAAUAUACAUCUUUGGUGGAUGCAAUGGCCGUGGAAGGUUCAAUAAGUUGUUUUCCACCACUGAGGAAGGCAACUGUACGCAGAUUUUGGCAAACGGCCAGCCACCAUCUACCAGGUAUUGCCAUAGCGCCGUGUUGUUUGAGAAGUGCAUGUACAUAUUUGCCGGCAAAUGCGGUGGCCGGAACAGCAACAGACGCCUGUCCGAUCUUUACCUUUUCGAUUUCAGAAAGAAUGCAUGGAUGGAGUGCCCGCAGCAUGGAGACCCGCCCACGCCACGCUCAGCCCAUGCCGCCUUCACAUGUGGGCGCAACAUGAUUAUGUUCGGCGGGCGCAGCGCCCGAGGAGAAUGCUGUGAGGACAUGUACAUGUACAACUACGACACGUGCAUGUGGCGCCAGAUUGAGUCCCCCAACAGCGCCUCUUUCUUUGGUAGGGCGCGGAACAGUGUCGUAGUGCACCACGGCAGGGUUGUUGUCUUUGGUGGGUGGAACGGGAAAAAGAAGCUGAACGACCUCUUUACUUACCACGUGGACGCUAACACUUUUGAGGUGAUGCAUGAGCCGGACGAAAACUGCCCGUCCAGAAGGGAAUGCCACGUCGCCGUUGUAUGCAAGAACACAAUGGUGGUAUUUGGAGGCCGGUUUCGCGGGGAGUUUAUGAGCGACACGGCCGAGCUAGACCUCGGUCCUAAGACGCUGAAGCAGACCUGCCGCGACUGGAUCCUACGGAGUAGUUUCAAGGAGUUGCACCAGGACUCCGGGGAAAGGGUUCUUCCGCUGCGGCUGCAACAAUUUAUUGAGAGCUGGAGGCAGCUGAUAUGCAGGGCGGAGAAGGCCGAGCCACGGACGCCGUUGCAGGAUAGUGUUCCCAAUGAUGCACUCUCGUCGGAUGGCAACUCCCAGCACGGGUAA